GAUUUUGAAAUAGCUUUCAUUUAUUGUUUAAAUUUGAAUUGUGUGUGAUGUGAUUUCUUCAGCUAUGUCCACUCAGGAGCUCUUUGUCGCUGCAGCUCGUAAAUGUCUCACUGUUGGUAGAAAAUCUCUUUCCGUCCCUCAGAGUCUGGAUCUGGCUGUUCAGGUCUUGGCUCUAGAUUUGGGCUUGAAACCGGCAUUAUUGUACGAUAGCAACGGUGCCGGUGCAGAUCAGGUGCAACAGUAUUUGAGCUCUUUGCAGUCUUCCCAGCUUGUGUCUAAGUCACUUCUCACACUGGAUUUAAAUGGAAACACUCUUAUUAUUAAUCCACUUACAGUCAGAUUAAAUAUAGAACAGCUGAUUCAUGAUAACAACGUGGCUGUUAUUGAUGUCUGCCACUCACUGGAGAAGCCCACCAUCGCUGGCCUGCUCAGAGGAGAGCUGAAGAGCAUGGCACACGAUUUACAGCUUCUCCUGAGAGGGUUUGAACUGAAGGAGGCUGAGAAACCUCAUUAUGUUGGAGAGAAGUCAGAGGAGUGGAACCUGUGCACAGCGUUUGGUAUUUUAUUGGGUUUCCCUGUCGCUUACUGGUUUGAUCAGACCAAGAGUUUUGAAAACUGUUUGUCCAUGACUCCCUUGAUGGUGACUACAGCUUCAGCAACAUGGCCGGCAGACACGCAGGACCACAGGUGUUGUUUCUACUCCUUCAGCGUCCCAGCUGUUGUGCUUAAAGCGGUGCAGUCCAACCUGGAAAACUGGAAGCUUCGUUUACAAGAAAGAUUUCAGCAGCAAAAUGUCCUAAAGGAUCUUACAGUUUUUCAAUCCACAGUCACUCUGCCCUCAGUCUGUUUGUAAUGCAAGCAUGGAAAUAAACUGUUAAAGA